AUGGCGGUGCGCCGUUCCGCGCGAUUGCGCAGUGUUAGCGCCCAGCCCUCUCCCGCUCCCGAGCCCCAAGAUGCCGUGAACGAACGCAAAGUUCCGCAAAAACUGGCGUCUGUUGUUGAAGAGCGCGUGGAGACAUCUGAGCCUGACCAAAUCGCUGUCCACACCCCGAUGGCUAAAAGAUCAAUUCAGAGAACGCCAAAUGCCCACUCCAAUGGUGGCAAGGCGGAAACUAGAACUCCAACUUCUGUUCCUGCCGUCCGACCAUCUCUCGAGGAGAUGCACCCUAGCAAAGUACAAAAAAGCACAACCAAACGUGUCGACACCGGCAUGGUCCUAGGCUUUAAUCCCGUCCAAAAAGAUGCCGACGGGAAUAUUAUCAGAAACUCCGCUAUCCAAAACACUCCAUCCAAGUCAACCGCCUCCCCCGCACCCACACUCUUCGGUACCCCCGGCUACGAGUUCAGGCGCGGAGAAGAGUCUCAGCUGAGUGACGAGGCCAAGCAGCUGAUGGACAGCGUUCGUGAAGAGGUCGCCCGAAUCAAGGAACAGAUGGUUCGCGAUAAGUCAAAGCAGACUCGACAAGAGCAAGAGGCUGAGGCCACGCACGGCGACAGAAAGAUUGCGAAGCCCAAGAGCAAGGCUAGCCGCUUCAGUGACGUCCACAUGGCCGAGUUCAAAAAGAUGGACUCCAUUGCCGGGCACCCUUCAUCCUUCCGAGCCACGCCGGGUCGCUUCCAGCCCGUGACAAAGUCACUUAAGCGCACCAAAUCUAAGGCGGAGUUAAACGAUGCUCCUUCGCAGGAUGGCUCUCCCUCCAGAACGUCCACCAAGGCUUCAAGCGAAGAUGUCUCAGCCGUUGCAACCCCGAAUGCUAAGCGUGCUAAGCCAAAUCCUGUCACGUCGGAGGCUCGUCCUCAGCUUGAGGAGAAGCGUGCUAUCACACCCAAAUCUGCCGCGCCACGGGUCCGAUCAAGAAUUACCAGCUCGAUCAUGACACCGACCCGGGCUUCAAUGGCACGUUCCGGGUCUGUCAGUAUCAAGGCCCCAAAGACUUCAUUGAUCCCUUCGCUGGCACGUUCGCCCUCGACGAAGGGUCUUGCCUCCCCUCGUACUCCGCGCACGGAAUUCAACCCUCGGUUCAAAAGCAGCCUUCCUACCCUAAAUCAUCUGAAGUCCAUCCUCCGCAAACGUCAGCCCUUGUUCUCUCGCGAUCCUGCCAAGAUCGCGGCUGGAACGCAUGUCGCCGCGCCUGACUUCAAGUCAGAUCUGCUUCUUGGCUCCAAAAAGGAAGAACCCGAUCUCGCUCCGUCGCCGUCUCCAAAGAAGCACGUUGAAUUCACACCCAGUGUCAAAUCGCGCUAUAACCUGGCCCACGCGUCACCCUCCCGGCUCAAAUCUUCUACUACUCAUGCUCAUCUAGAUCCUUCAGAUAUCAGCUAUCCUGUUCUUCCUGCUCUCACGCCCGAACAAAGUGCUGCGAUCAAGGAAGAGGCAGAUUCUGACGUCAUUCUGUCACCCACUGUCCGGCACGUCCGCAAGUCAACCGUGGCUGGGGGAGAAUCUAGCUAUCCUGAACUUCCUGUCGUCACCCAUGGUAUCGCGCACGGGCUUGCAAACAAGAAGAGACACCGAGACGAUACGGACGAUGACGACCUGCCAAGUGCGGACAAUGUUGAAAACGUGCCUCCGUCAGAGCCGGCGACUGAAGCCCGAAGCGCAAAGAGACUCAAGAAGUCCACUCCCGUUAUCUCAAGUCCAAUCAAGGCACGAGUGAUCAAGACGCCUUCUCGCGUCUCAACCGCACGUGCGGCGACUCCGCGCAGUGUGACUGCCAGCGCGAAGCAGAAAUCACGCGGCACCCUCAGUCUCAGCCGCUUGAACAUGUUGGCUAAACCUAAGAGCAAAUCUUGA